AUGGCUUCUCCCCGACUCUUCCGACCGGCAGCUCGCCUGCUUUCUUCGCGCCUCUCAACGGCGGCCACCCGCCCUGCUUUCCGUCAGACUGCUUGCGCACCCUCAAUUCUGCGCUACCGGGGAUAUGCUACGGAGAGCGGCACCAAGGAGGUCACUGUACGAGAUGCCCUGAACGAGGCUCUCGCUGAGGAGUUGGAGAGCAACCAGAAGACGUUUAUUUUGGGUGAGGAGGUUGCGCAGUACAACGGAGCAUACAAGGUCACUCGAGGUCUCCUGGACCGCUUCGGCCCCAAGCGCGUUAUCGACACACCUAUCACAGAGGCAGGUUUCUGCGGUCUGGCUGUCGGAGCUGCUCUUGCCGGGUUACACCCUAUUUGUGAAUUCAUGACCUUCAACUUUGCCAUGCAGGCCAUCGAUCAGAUCAUCAACUCCGCCGCCAAAACACACUACAUGUCCGGUGGUAUCCAGCCUUGCAACAUCACUUUCCGUGGCCCCAACGGUUUCGCCGCCGGUGUUGCCGCUCAGCAUUCGCAGGAUUACUCCGCCUGGUAUGGUAGCAUUCCGGGAUUGAAGGUUGUUGCUCCCUGGAGCGCUGAGGACGCCAAGGGUUUGAUGAAGGCCGCCAUCCGCGACCCCAACCCCGUCGUUGUUCUCGAGAAUGAACUUCUGUACGGCCAGGCCUUCCCCAUGAGUGAGGCUGCUCAAAAGGACGACUUUGUCCUCCCCAUCGGCAAGGCCAAGAUCGAGCGCCCCGGAAAGGACCUCACCAUUGUCACCCUCUCCCGUUGCGUCGGACAGUCUCUCAACGCUGCUGCUGAACUGAAGCAAAAGUACGGCGUUGAGGCUGAAGUCAUCAACCUUCGCUCUGUCAAGCCCCUCGACGUUGAGACCAUCAUUCAAUCCCUCAGGAAGACCGGCCGCCUGAUGUGCGUCGAAUCUGGCUUCCCCAUGUUCGGUGUCGGCUCCGAAAUUCUUGCUCUCUCCAUGGAAUACGGUUUCGACUACCUGACAGCCCCUGCUGUCCGUGUCACCGGUGCCGAGGUUCCCACUCCUUACGCUGCCGGUCUGGAGGCUCUGAGCUUCCCCCAGGAAGACACCAUCGUUGGUCAGGCUGCAAAGCUCCUCCGAUUGUAA